CGCCUCAACUUUGGCUUUCAAUUGAGGGUGAUCAUUUCUAUAGCUGUAGUAGCCGAGAGGAAUGGAUGAAAAGCGCUACUUGUGAUUCAUAGUCAGUUAACUGUGCAGAAAGCAUUGAGGGGCAGAGGACAAGCCCAACUCACACUUGUUACACCGGAUGUUUUUACAUGUGGCGGGAAGUUUGGAAACCCUCAGUAUAGGCUUCAGAUACAGUGAGCUAGCCAGUGACUAGAAGAUGCCGUAAAACUUCAGUCGAUUGUAACUGUUAAAACAAAUUUCUUUGGUUUAAGGCUGGAACAGUCCAGGCAUGAGCGCCACGCACCUGGACGAGUGGCAGAAGAGGUCCUUUGACAUUUUGUCUGGCACAUGCACACCUGAACAGACGGCAGAUGCCUACCGGGCACACAUCCUGGCCAUUCAGUAUGCAUGGGCGAGCCAGGAGCUUUCGCCGGCCGCUGCUGCCAGCCUGCUUAGGACCUACUCUGAGCGCUAUGCUGCCGUCCUGGACUCGGACGACCCACGCACAGGUCUCAACAACUACGCGGCGAGCGCGCUGCACGUGGCGCGCAACCAGAAGAACCACAGUGACAAGUGGGAGUCAUCCCUGAGCAGGUUGAGCGUGCAGAGCCUGCCGUGUGUGCAGAGGAUGAUGCAGCCCUGGACAGGAGUGGCGGGGAAGUCCCUUGUGACGCCAGCAGAUGUCAACGUCGUUGUUGGCGGUGAGUCCAGUGGGAGCAACAGGAGCCAUGGUAACACAGCGAAUCCUUCUACAUCUGGAAGCAGAGCAGAACUCUCUCAUCCCAGUGGUGUGGAGCUGCAGUCCUCCAGAGGUGAAGGCAGAGGUGCCCCUUCUCAUCUCCCAGGGAGUGUUGCAGAGAGGCCCAAAGAGUGGGAAGGCAUCCCCUCUUGGGCUCAGACAGGUCAGCCUCCUGUCUCUUUCCCAGCAAAAACUCAGCCUGGAGUUUCCCCUCUCUUCGGACAAAAUACUGGUAACAGUAUGGUCACUCACCAGCCAACCAGUGCUGGCUAUACUGGGUCUCAGAACCACCAGUCUGGGUUUUUCUCCUCAUCCUCCUCAAACCCCUCCAAGAGAAAAAAUUUCUACAGCUCGGCAAGUGAGAAUAACAAGUCUGGUUACUCUGGCCAUGAGGGUCAGGACCCUCGCACUGCAGGGAGAAGAGGGGAAGAGGGCACGAGUAAGAGCUUUAAAACAGCCCGGGAGCAGCUUAUUGUUGACCAUCAGAAAAAGAAUUCCCAGCAGCCACAGCGAGCUCAGCCUUCUGGAUGGGGCGCAACAACAAAGAAGUCUCUGGGUGCCAACCGUUCACGGGGGACAUUUUCUAAGUUUGUGUCUCCUUUGCCCCGGCAGGAGGAGGAGGCUUGGGCCGCCAGUGAGGCUCCUCAGGAGUCAGAGUUGAUUGAUGAACGGCUUAAAAACUUCGAGCCCAAAAUUAUUGAGUUGAUCAUGAGUGAGAUCAUGGACCACGGCCCCCCCGUGGCCUGGGACGACAUUGCAGGCUUGGAAUUCGCCAAGACCACCAUCAAGGAGAUCGUGGUGUGGCCCAUGCUGCGGCCAGACAUCUUCACUGGCCUCCGCGGGCCCCCCAAGGGCAUCCUGCUGUUCGGCCCCCCGGGCACGGGCAAGACGCUGAUCGGGAAGUGCAUCGCCUGCCAGUCGGGGGCCACCUUCUUCAGCAUCAGCGCCUCCUCCCUCACCUCCAAGUGGGUGGGCGAGGGCGAGAAGAUGGUGCGGGCACUCUUCGCCAUCGCGCGCUGCCACCAGCCUGCCGUCAUCUUCAUCGACGAGAUCGACUCGCUCCUGUCGCAGCGCACGGACGGCGAGCACGAGUCGUCCCGCCGGAUCAAAACCGAGUUCCUGGUGCAGUUGGACGGGGCCGCCACCUCGGCGGACGACCGCAUCCUCGUGGUAGGCGCCACCAACCGGCCGCAGGAGAUCGACGAGGCGGCACGCCGUCGGCUGGCCAAGCGCCUGUACAUCCCGCUGCCCGAGGGCGAGGCCCGCCGCAAGAUUGUGGUGAACCUCAUGAGCCGGGAGAAGAGCCAGCUGGGGCCGGAGGAGCUGGAGGGCAUCGUCAGGAACUCGGAGGGCUUUUCGGGGGCGGACAUGACGCAGCUCUGCCGGGAGGCGGCACUCGGCCCAAUUCGCAGCAUCCAGUUGAGCGACAUGGCCACCAUCACGGCGGAGCAGGUGCGGCCCAUCGUCCACAGUGACUUUCAGGAGGCCCUGAGAACAGUGAGGCCUAGUGUCUCUAGUAAAGACCUGGAGCUGUAUGAGAACUGGAACAACACUUUUGGCUGCGGUCGCUGAAGGAUGACAGAAAUGUUUUGGUUUUGUUUUGGUAUGUUGACACUAUUACAACAAAAGUGUAUUUCAAUAGUUUUUUCUGAAGCAUAAGGUGUGUCUAAAGUUGUUAAAAUAUACAAUGUAAGUAUGUUAUCAGUGUAUGUAAAGAGCGUUAUUUCUUGUGGUUAUCUA